AUGCCUCCGAUGGUUGUAUCUAUGGACAAAAGAAGUCAUUCAAAAAGUGUUCUUAUGGGUCACUCUGUGUUUCCAAUCAUCAAGUCUGAAUCAACGUUUGAAAAGGAAGACUGGAAAUGCUCAAGUAAUAACAAGAACAAUAGAAUUCAUCCGGUUACUUCGAUUACUCAGUCAGCAGCAGAAUUAAAGAAUAUUCGAACAGCGAGAGCUUCAGGUGCUGUCAAUGUAACCGAUUCAAAUUCAUAUGUGGUCAAAGUUCGAGUUUUGCACGGAAUUGACUUGCACAUUCCAACAAGUAGAUCUUGCCAACACACUUUGCGACCUGAAGUACGAAUCAAAGUUAACGGUGGUCCAUUGCUGUCUUGCAUUGCUGCUCAGCAUGCUCGUAAUCAUUCAAUCUGGAAAGACCACGACUUGAAAUUUUGUGUCAUUCCUCAAUGUCAAGACUCAAGGCAGUCCAGACUCAACGGCACAGUGAACACGACUUCAUCUUUCAUUUCAAUGUACGUUUCACUAGUCUGCAGUCUUUGUCCAUGCACGGCGAAAAGUCAAUAUGGAGUACCAAAGCAAGUUAGUAUUGGAGAAGUAGGGGAGCUACAAUUUCCCACAAAACAAAACGAGAGCUACGAAAUUACACGUUUUUUUUCAGUCAUCCGUUAUCAGCAGCGAAAAAAAUGUCAAUCGUCGGACGUGCUGCUAUUAGCAGGAAAAAUCAAGCUUCGUAUUUGCGUUGAAGCUGAAAAGUUGAUAGUCGGUUCCAGUGUGGUUCAGCCCAGGAUCGAUAGACUUGCUCCGUUAACAAAAUCUCUGCCAACUAACUUCGAAGAAGCACUUAAGCGAAAACAAAAACAAUUAAAAUCUAUUGUUUUGCCGAUGGACAAUUCAAAAGUGAGUAGUAAUCAACAUGUCGUGCGGAUGAAUACGAAUGACUCUUUUCAGCUGAUUUGGAAAAUUACGAUUGAGACUUUGUCCGAUCAUAUCAGUGCGAAAGACCUGAGAGUUGAAGAAAAAAUUGGCGAAGGCGUUCACGCACAAGUCAGUCGUGGUUUAUUACACUGCGAGAGCGAUGGUGGCUCUGUGCGAGUUGCAGUGAAAGAGUUUCGACAUCAACACAAAGUCCCUCCUAUCAAUGUCCUUCGCGCAUUUCAGCAAGAGUAUCGAAUUCUUGACUAUUGUCGGAGCCAAAAUGGUUGUGGGUAUAUCGUCGAGAUGCUUGGUGUAAUGGUUGAACCCCGUCUAGCACUCAUUACUGAAUAUCUUGGUCUUGGCAGCUUAGCUCAGUGUUUGCUCAAUGAAGAUGUGUGGAGUCAGAUGACGAUUCUACAGAAAGCGACACUUGGUUUAAAAAUUGCAAAAGGGAUUGCUUGGUUGCACAAGCACAAUGUUAUCCAUCGAGAUAUCAAACCCCAUAAUAUUCUUCUUAGCGGAAGUUUGAUGGAGUCGAAUUUAGUAGUGAAGGUCGGAGAUUUAGGUAGUGCCGUUAUAAGACAUCCGCAUGAACCGCUUCUCACAGACGAAACGGGCUCAUCAGGAUAUACUGCUCCUGAAAUAUUUACACGCCUCGGCUAUGACAAUAAAAUUGACGUUUGGAGCUUUGGAGUUGUGCUAUGGGAGCUUAUGUCAGCCUCUUUACAGGAUCGUGCUAACUGUUUCACAGGAUUGACAGGAGAGGAAUUCGUGAGAAAAGUUCAAGGUGGUUGCCGACCAAUUUUCUCUUACGCACAUCAAGUUUCUACUCGUGUUAUCGUGGAAAAGUGCUGGUUACUUGACCCAUCACAACGACCAAACAUGAAUGAAGCUAUCGCUGAAGUGAUGACUGAAGUUUAUGCCAUAACGAAAGCCAAACGUCAGUUUUCAAAGGCGAGCUACGUGGAAGGCUCAAAGCGUCGAAAAGCGAAACAAACAUACUAUGAACAGUCAGAGGUGCGGAUGGCAAAAGACUUGUACGUUUAA